AUGAUGAGUGAACCUCUCGCAUCGAAUCCGUUUGAAUCAGAAGCAUACCUUGAUCUCUUAAGAUCAACCCCACCACAAGAAUGGACAUUUCCAGAACAAGCUCAAUUAGCUGCAAUCCGAUUCCGAUUCAAAUCACAAUCUGCACCUGUUCAAUAUGCCACCUCAUUAGCCACUUCAUUAAGAAAACCAUGUCCACGUGAAUCAAUUCUAUCAAGUUCAUAUCUAACCAACAAAUUCGAUCCAAAAUUGAUUCAAGAUACCAUGAAUUUAUUAAAACCUGAACAUUGUAGAAUUGUGAUUGGAUCACAAUCAGGUGAAUUUGAAAAUCGAAUCAAAUUAAGUUCAAUCGAACCGUGGUAUUCUACACCUUAUUGUAUACAAGACUUUCCUAAAAUCGAACUAACUAAAAGGCUAGGGUUAUGA